AUGCUACCACCACCCCCGCAGCUACUGCCCGUCUACCUCUUUGGCGGCAGCCUGGCCGUCGCUGUCGCGUACCUGUUUUUGACGACGACCCCUGGAAAAAAAAAAUUUACGACAUCCAUCCCGGGACUGGAAAACAACGGUCAGGUCUGCUACGUCAAUGCUCUGUUGCAGGGAUUGGCAAGUUUACCCUCAUUCCUCGAAUGGCUGAAGAAAGAGGAGAUAUUUGAGCAAAUGUCGAAGCGCACGUUCUUUAACGAUCUGCGCGAGGUGUUUGUAUACUUGACCGAUCCUGAAAUCUCUUCCACCUCCGCUGGCGCGUUGAUCAACUCGAUGCAAGUGUUGACGAAUACGAUGGAUAUGGCGGGGCAACAAGACGUGCACGAGCUGUUCAACUUUAUUCUCCACUUGUUCAACGACGAGAUGACUCGAAAUUCCGAGCACAGCUUGUAUGAGGGCAUCCGAGUUUUCGAUCCAGCCACCGAUGAGGUUGAAAGGCUCGUCAGGAAGCCGACGUCGACGGAGAUGUUGUUUGUUGGACACGAAAACGACGACACUGCGCACAAACUGAAGGACCCGCUCAGCCCACCCUGCUACGGAAUCAUGCACCUCAAGCUGCAGUGCAUCGGCAGGAAUUGUAGUUUUAAGAAACAAACGCAAGAAGAAUUCAGCGCGAUCUGCGUGUCAGGAGCGCGGUACUUCGAUGGAAAGCUCGUCACCGUCGAGGCGAUGCUGCGCAAAUAUUUCGCCCCGGAAUUCCGGAACGGCGCCGCCUGUAACAUGUGCAAGCAGCCGAACGGCUUGAUCGCGUCGCAAGGCAUUACUCUGUUCCCUGACGCGCUGCUGAUCCGCAUCGAGCGCAUCGUCUACGAAUACGGCAGCCUGGGCAAAUGGGACAAGCACGUGGCAUUCGGGGCAACGUUGAGGACCGAAGAUUUUCAGCCGGAUCACGUUAGAAAGGGCUCUGCGACAUCGACCGCGGCCUCAACGUCAUCAGAGCCGUCAGAAAAAGUAAGCUCCCCGCAACCGUUCAAAAAAGCCGCCGGAAAACUCUAUCAACUCACGGCCGUCACGGAACAUCGAGGCACUCCAAACUUUGGCCACUACGUCACCUACCGGAAGCACAAGGACCACUGGUUCUACGCGAACGAUAAGCAGGUGCAACGGGUCUCUUUCGCCGAUGUGCAACGCGCCGAGGCCUACAUGUUGUACUACGAGCUGUCGUCCAAAAAGCUGAACCGGAAGCACUUUUUGCUUUCGAAAUUCUUCCCCCGCAAAUCGGCGAAGGUCAACUCGGAGAAGUUGGAUACGAGCAGAGAGAAAGCAAAAGAGAAGGAGAAAGAAAAAGAGCAAGACAAUGCCAUCUGGACGAAACGGCUCGCAACGACGUCGAUGCUCGAGCAGCCGCCGUCUUCCCAAGAGCGCCAGCGCAAGGACAAGGUCGCCCGCGGCGAUAAGUUCGAGCGGAUGAAGCUGAAGAAGGACACGCUGAUCGACAACGGCAAUAUCGCGUUGUUCAUCUACUGGGCGCCGGCGGUUUCGGCGAUGUCUACAAGGUUUGGAACUCUUGAUUUUCCGGAAUUUGCGAUGAAAACGGAGAUGAACGGCAUCGACAACCCGGAUUUCAUGCGCCUUUCCAUCGAAUUAGAGGUGCUGACUGCGUGCUCGGCUGUGAAAGAUCCAGGACGCAGAUUACGAUUCGUUCCGCUGAUCGACAAGGGGAAAGUUAAACAAUUUAAGUACAUUAUCAUGGGCCUCGUGGCGCUGUCGUUGGACGACUUACGGCGCAAAUGCACCGGCGGCAACUUUAGCCCUUCAACAGCGCUACAAGCCACCAUGCAAACGAUGCAGUCGAUCUGGGACCUGCACGACAUCGGCUUCAUCCACCGUGACAUCAAGCCGGGGAAUUUUGCCUGCGGCAUCGGCAAUUAUCAAUCCCUCAUCUACAUCCUCGACUUUGGCAUUAGCCGACGAUUUCGGCAACGGCCCAGCGGUGAAACAAAAGACCGAUUCUGGUGCAAAUUCAUCGGCACCGUGCGGUUCGCGUCGCGCAACUGCCACAGCAACAUGGAGCAGUCGCGGAAGGACGAUCUGGAGUCGUGGAUCUACAUGGCCGUCGAGCUGUUCGAUCUGUCGGCGCUCCCCUGGCGCAACAUCACCACCGACCGGCAGCGCGUCAAGCAGCUCAAGUGCCAGUUCUUCCAGCUGACUUGCCCUCCCCGCGUCUUCGCCGCGUUCCCCUCCGAAUUCUCGCGCAUCAUACAAUACGUCGACAAGCUCCAGUACUCCGACGGCGAGCUGAAGCGGAUCGCCGUCGAGCGCAAGAUCAACGUCGCGCUGCCGCUCGACUGGGCCGGCAAGCUGACCGACAAGUUGUUGGCCAGCCGCGCAUCGCCGGUGGAGCCCACGCCAUUGGCCAUUCGGCCUCAGAAGACGCAGGUCGACAUCGAGGAAACGUCGGAUGAGGAUGAGGAUCCGUUUGCCAACAAGCUGAACAACCGACGGAUGCAAUCGGUGCCGCGUUCCGGAAAGCCCGAAUCGAAAGUAUCGCAAGGCCGCGCGCAUACA